GACGCUUGCUUUACACCAUGCCCAAAGUACGGACGACGAGAACUAAGAAACCACCAGAAGGCUUUGAGGAUAUCGAAACUAUUCUCGAUGACUACACUAAGAAGAUGAGAGACGCCGAGAACGAGUCGCAUGAAGGAAAGCGCAAGGCAGAAUCUCUCUGGCCUAUCAUGCGGAUAUCGCAUACUCGUUCACGGUACAUCUACGAGCUGUAUUACAAACGUGAAGCAAUCAGCAAAGAGCUAUAUGAUUGGCUUUUGAAGGAAGGCUACGCGGACGCCAACUUGAUUGCGAAAUGGAAAAAGACAGGCUAUGAGAAGUUGUGUUGUCUAAGAUGUAUCCAGACAAAGGACAUGAACUAUCAAGGUUCAACUUGCAUUUGUCGAGUACCCAAGGGCCAGGUACGUGCAGGGACAAUCGUGGAAUGUGUUCACUGUGGCUGUCGCGGAUGUAGUUCAGACUCGUGAUAAAUUCUAAUUGGGUCGCUUAUGAAUGGCUUCAUCCCCAUUUCAUUUGAAACCCGAUAGUUGCAAACAUGCUACAAAGGUUUGGCAUUGACCUGUUCGGCUCUUAUCUGCGCUCGUGCACAUAAUAUAUGCCAGGUUCUAAGGUCUUUCACUAGUCUCGCAUUUUCUUGUUAUUCACUUCCAAGCUGUACAGUAACGUUUUGACGGGAGCCAAGCAAUACACUGCGGUUAUGUCGCAAGAUAUUAUAUAA